AUGGAGAGCAACAGGGGAGACGAGAGGUGCGGCAUACACACACAGAGGGCACACCACACGAGGAGAGGGCAGCAGCCAGGCAUGCACCGUACGCCGCACACCACGCACAACACACACUCCAAUCCACGGCAGCAGGCACACACACACACAGCCCUGCCGCAACACCAACACACAGAUGGAAGAGGGAGAAGCAAACAGGAGCGGCAGACAAGGCUCCACCGCAUGCACAUACGGCGAGAGCGGUCCGUCGUGUCGGCACCCCUCACGAAGGGUACGCACACACAAAAGAGAAGGUGCAGCACACACAUCAACACAAAGGCAAACUAG